AUGAGGAAGACUCUGCUGUUUUUGCUCAAUGUUGCCGCCAUUCAUGGUAAGAUCAGGAAAGGAAAUGAGAUCAUUUUCAGCCAUAUCCAACUGUCCGAUGACAACAGUCAAGCCGAUUAUUCAACGGGCUAUUGAAGCUUCAGGAAGCGACGCCGCCCUUCAAAUGCAGGUGAGUAAAAUAUUAUACAAGGUGGGCGGAUUCAAAAGGAGACGUCCUAGUAGUUUUUUGGUCUGGAUGUUGCAACAGAUCUAACUUCAAAUAUACAAAAUUGCAGCUGAUAAGAAGGAUAAUGGAAGACAUUUAUGGCGGAACAUGGGGUGUUCUGAUAGUAAAAGGAGCAGACUUGGUGUCGACUAUGGUUCAUUGGACGAUACCCGAUCAUAAACAUGAGGACGGUUCCGCUGCAUUCUGUUUACACGUUGAAAAAGAGUGGCAAUAUAAUGUAUUUAAGACCGGUAAUCACGAUACGGACAACCGAUUAACUGUGGAGCAAGUGGUUCACCGGUGAGUGACGUCGUUUUAUCUGCUUUCGAUUAGAUAUCCUUGCUUUUAGAUUUUAGAUCACUAAAUAUUACUUUCAAAUCGUGUCUUUUGCGUGGGUCCGUUUCCUUUGAUACAUGGAUAAUAUCCGAAUCUAAUCUCCUUAACAUUUAUCCUCUGGCUAUUUUCCAGGCUUCGCGACAAACAACGCCCCGAGCGAAUGACCGUCAGCGAAUUUGAUCGACGAGUGGCAAAUGCACUCCUCAAACGUCGCCAGAGCCGACUCAUCCAACCGCAAUCAUUUGGUAGUCCAGUUAAAAAAUAA